GUAAACACAAACCACAUGUUUACUUAAAAAUAUUCAGAAAAACGAAGCAUUAAUAUGGAAAAAGAUACUUUAAACGAAUUACAACAAUUCCUUAAACCAGAAGCGAGAAUAGAUCUAAAAUUGAUAUCUCUAGAUCAUUUGAUAGGAGUAUCCGGUACAGAAGAUGGUGUUAAAGUUUUAUUGGGAAAUGAAAAUAUAUUGAAAAACAUAAUCGAUUGCACCAAUGAUAAAAUCGAUAAUGUUAUCAAAAAGGCUUUACUCCUACUUAUAAAUAUAACAGCGCAUUCAGAAGGGUCUAUAGAAUUAUUAAAACUAAAGCCGAAUAACGCUAGUGUUUUAGACAUUUUCGUUGGUUAUAUUUUAGAUUCGCAAAAAACACACGCUGAUGCUGUAUGUAUGGUGCUUUCUAAUAUUACUAGAGUGGAAGAAAACGUUGAACAAUGCGUUGAUAUACUAUUUAAACAUUUAAACGAUCUUUUGAACGUUUUCGUCAAUACUGAAUUCAACAAAAAAGGUUGUGAUUUAGAAUACCUCGCGCCCAUGUUUAGUAAUUUAAGUCGAAGUGGUCGCGUACGAGAUUGGUUAGUAAAAGAAAAUCCACACAUACCAUUGAUAAAACUAUUACCUUUUUGUCAAUACGAAAAAUCGAUAAUACGAAGAGGUGGAGCUAUUGGAACGUUACGAAAUCUAACAUUUGAUGUACAAUAUCACAAAUUUCUUCUCAGCCCCGAUUUAGACUUACUAACAUAUUUAUUAGGUCCAUUAAUGGGUGGUGAGGAUUAUUGUGACGAAGAAAUGGACAAAUUACCCAUAGCAUUACAAUAUCUACCAAAAGAGAAACAAAGAGAACUAGAUAUAGAUAUACGCAAAAUGAUAUUAGAGACAUUAAAUAAAUUAUGUUCUAAACAUGAAUUUAGAGAGAUUUUACGAGGUAAUGGUGUUUAUUAUGUAUUAAGAGAGUUACACAAAUGGGAGAAGGAACCAACCGUAUGUUUAGCGUGCGAGAAUGUCGUCGACAUCUUAAUACAGAAGGAAGAAGAAGUAGGAGCUGAAGAUCUUUCAAAGAUAGAUGUUCCUGAAGAUAUGAUUGAUAAAUUUGAGAAAAUGGACGCUGAAUAUUUAAAUAAUUGAUUUUAUUUAAGAUUGGCUGUUGCCCGCGACUUAUGCCCAUCUGUUAGCUACCCUUCAGUGAAAAUUGGUCCAGCCGUUUUGGAGGUUAUGCUGAAUAAAUAUGGCUUGCAGACAGACAGACAGACAAAUUUAAAUGAGAUUUUCGUUAUCAGCUAUGCAAAUACAUCUUCCCGAA